AUGCCGAGAGAAGUGUUAAGGUUCGAGCGUCCAGAACCCGUGCCAGCACCUCCUGCACCAAGGAGUGAGCGUCACGAGCCUAGUCAGCCUCGACCCCCAGUCAUAGGGACGCCUUAUAUGCGAGCACCCGGGAUGACUUGUCAGGAGCGACGCAGCAUGGAGGCCAUGGCCCGAGACCUGCAUGAUGCCCGUAGUAGGAUUGCUUAUCAUCAUCACAGCAUAGCCGACAUGUCAGACGUGGUGGAUGCGGUGUGUGGUUAUGCAUACUCCGCCCAGAGGACAGCAAUCAGAGCUAUGAUCACUAGCGCUAUCGUUGGAGGGCUAGCAUUGAUUCUGGCAGUGGCACUUGUCUGGGUGAUUGUGUUUUGGGGUUGA